UCUCUCUCUCUCCCCCCCCUCUCUCUCUCACAACUAAAGGAGGAUUUCCAAGUCGGUGCCAUUUAGUGAAGGGUUAAGAAUCCCAUUGCUUUCUAUGAGAGAAGAAUAGGAGAGGAGAUCAGUGAGCUUAAAAACAAAUGUCUAUAGAAGGGAAAACGCACCUAUUCCUCCUCAUAUGCUAGUUCUUUGUUCUUGAAUCUCUUCCAAUUCUAGAUCAAGUGAGAUAGAGAGAGAGAAAGAAGAGAGAGAAGAUAGAAUGUUCCCUUCUAAGAAGCCAACUUUGAAUUCUCAUGAAAGGCCCAUGUGUGUCCAAGGAGACUCUGGCCUUGUCCUCACCACUGACCCUAAGCCUCGCCUACGAUGGACUGUUGAGCUCCAUGAUCGCUUCGUCGAUGCAGUUACUCAGCUUGGAGGACCUGAUAAGGCAACACCAAAGACCAUCAUGAGAGUCAUGGGAGUUAAGGGUCUUACACUCUAUCAUCUUAAAAGUCAUCUUCAGAAAUUCAGGCUUGGGAAGCAGCCACACAAGGAGUUCAGCGACCAUUCAGUUAAGGAUGCUUCUGCGUUUGAGCUUCAGAGAAAUGCUGCUUCUUCCUCGAUGAUGGGCCGCACCAUGAAUGAUAGGAACGUUCACCUCUCAGAAGCCCUUAGGAUGCAGAUGGAAGUUCAAAGAAGAUUACAUGAACAACUAGAGGUGCAAAAACAUCUUCAGAUGCGUAUUGAGGCUCAAGGCAAGUAUAUGCAGUCCAUACUCGAGAAAGCCUGUCAGACUCUCUCAAGCGACAACAUGGGAGCUUCCGGAAGCUUCAAAGGCAUCGGAAACCAAGAUCUAGGAUCGCCGAUGAGCUUCCCUUCUCUCCAAGAUCUUCACAUAUAUAGUGGAGAUCAACUUGAUGGCUUCUUCCCAAAUGAUCAAACCCUAAGUCUAGGCAAGAAAAGGCCUAAUCCAUAUAGUUCUAAUGAAAAGAGCCCUAUUGUUUGGGCCGAUGACCUUCGCCUUCAAGAAUUAGGGUCUGCAGAGCCAUCUAAGAGUGAUCAAGUACUUCAGCUUGAUAGUGGCAUUGAUUUGGAGUCAAUAGGUGAUGUUUAUGAAGCUAAACCAAAUUUUUCAAGCGAUGUUGGUGAGAAGAAGUUUGAUGUAUCGACAAAGCUUGAAAGGCCAUCUCCAAGGAGAGCUCCUCCAUCAAUGGAAAGGAUGAACCCUAUGAUGGGAAGUGGUGGUUUAAACCAAACAAGAAACUUGUCAUAUGGGUGAGCAUUUGUUUCUUCGUGCAAGAAACUUAGACAUAUUUAUUGAAUAAGAGA